UGCUAUCGACCGUGAGGGUCUUCCUUCCUGAGAGCUUCCCAGGACUUAAAAUAAUACCUCGCACACUCAGCCCCACAAUGGCCCUGCGAUGCCGCUUCUCCUGCAUUCGUAACUAUCGAGCUGCGACAUCGAACAGAGCAUUCAAACGCAGCAUCAUGUCACACAUUCGGGCUGUCCAUUCCAAGCCCACUCUGGCUGUCACAGAUGAUGACGCUGCUCGUCUCCAGGAGAUAUACGCUAAAUUUCAGGACCCAUCAUCUCAUUACUACAUUGCCCCAGGCUCGUUCGGUCCAGAACACGAGGAGGAUCAUAGGACCUCCCAUGUGCCAGAUCCCGCAUAUUCUCUUGAUGCUAUAACGAAUGCAGAGGCAUCAUCACCUUUCCAAGGCUCUCAGGAACAGAGAGAGCAAAUGGAUGACAGACCUUGGCUGAACGAAGAUAGUGGAAGGAAAGAGCAGGCUCUCGAGUACUUCAAGCAGCAGAACCAUGAUACCACCGGGGUCUUGACCUGGCCUGUGGCUUGGGGUGACCAAGAUAGCUUCCAACAUGUGAACAAUGUCCAGAUACUGCGAUGGGUGGAGUCGGCUCGUAUCAGGUACUGUGAGAGCUGGGCCGGAAAACUGGGAAAGAAAACUGUCUACGAUAUGCUGCGCGCCAAGGGUACCGGCAUCAUCCUCAAAGAGGUGUCAAUCAAGUAUAAGGCGCCGAUUACCUAUCCCGAUACACUCAUGAUUUCCAAUUGUAUUCACUCAGUCAACGUGGAGCGAGCCAGCUAUGGCCAUCGACACAUCAUUUGGUCUUUGAAGGAUCAGCAUGUAAAGGCUGUCAGCGAUUCGUCAAUUGUGAUUUAUGAUUAUGACAACCUGAGGAAAGGUGUUAUGAGCGAUCAAUUGAGAGAGCUAUUGCUGAGCGUAGCCGGGGAUAGUAAAUGGAGCGAAGAAGAUACAAAAUAAAUAUCAAGAUGUUAGAGACAUACACAUGCAUUGAUCUUUUAUGAU